CUGAAGCUGCAGAGAGUAUAUCUGCUGUGGAAAACAAGGUUGUGUGAGCAUCACAAGGCUGAGUGAGUGCAGAACCACAAGUCCCUGAAGCCCUGCCCCCAUUAGUAGUGUCCACUUGAUUUUCUGAACCUUUUGCUAGAGCCCCUUUUACCCUGUCUAUUGUCCAUCAUGUCUGUGCUAGUCACCCCUUCUGUUGUUCUUCUUUCACUUUACUAUCUCAGUAUCUUCUGUCUCAGUUCUUUCUCUCAGGUUUUGGAGCAGUGUAAACUCAGAAAAGCUCUGAAAUUAUGGCACCAAAAGUAUCUCAUGCUGAAGACAUUUGAACCAAGUUCUAAGCACUUGCAUAGAGCUGUCUAUGAGGAACCUCUUGCCAUGCUGUUUUCUGAGGACCUCUCAACAUCAUCUGGCUUUGACAGCAGUGCACCAGCUACUCUGACCUCUCAGAGCUCAUUGGAAAAGGAAUGCAGUCUCAGUGACAGCAGCCAGCAUGGCUUCUCCUCCCCUGUGGCUGCUGAGGAUGUCACACAUGUGUCAUGCCACAGUUCUUUCCUUCAGCUCCACCAGUGCACAGAGCUGCCAGCUGAGCUGUGUUUGCAGAGCUCCUUCCCUGCGUCUGGAAGAAAUUGGUUUGUGGGAAAUCAGUUCCAGUCUUCAGUGCUGCAGAGUCCUGAUAAUAAUUCCCAGCCUCUCACCAGUUACUCUGCAUGGGAAGAGGAUUGCACCUCUGACAACUCAGUGAGGAGCUGGUGGCAGCAAGCAGAGCAGCACUGCCUGCAGAGGUGCUUCAUGGUCUGGUCAGCUCAAACUCAACACCAUGUCAAGGCCCAGCAGCACUGCAGGCGUGUUCGGCUGUCUCGAGCCUUUCUCAGCUGGCACCACUGGGUCAUGGAAAAUAAGAACCAAGAAGCAGCAGCAGCCCUAAAACAUGGAGUUCAUUGUGUCCAGAUGGCUUUCAGCCUGUGGAGAAGGAGACUGGCCCAGAAAGUGGAAGCUGACCGGAGAUUCAGGUGUCAUGCUCAACAGAUGACUGCUGAUGCUCUGUGGCAUUGGCACUCCUGCUGGCAAAGGAAGCGUGCUCUGGCAGAGCUGCAGCAGCAAUGGGCCUGGCACAGCUGCCAGGAGAAGAAGAGGCUGGUCCUGCACACAUGGAAUUGCCGAACAAGGAAGCAGAAAUAUGCUGUCUUGUUCUGGGAACGUUUUCUCCUGCACAGGUGCCUUGUCACUUGGGCCCAGGUCACUGCAUGUCACCUGAGGCAGCGUGAAGCCCUCUCUUAUUUUAAAAGAGUCAGAGAGCACCGACUGCUGGUUGGGAGCUUUGUUAAGUGGAGGGACAAACUCUGGAGAGCUGAACAGGUGCCAGGAGGGAGAAAGCACAAGUGGCAGGAGCCCUCUCCAGGUAAAGCCUGUCACCGCUGGCGAGUGGCUGCCAGAGGACAGCGAGCCCUGCGCCUGGGAUCUGUGACCACUGUCAAACAAGCCUGCAACUACUGGACCAGAGCAGCUGCCUUUUCCCAGUGCUCACGGCAGCACAGCACCCUCAUAGGUGUCAGGAAAAGCAGAAAGAUGGCUCUCUCUUGGCCCACCAAAAGCAGAAGGGGCAGAGAAGAAGAUUCAGCACCAACUGGACAUUUUCCCAGUGCCAUUCAGCGCUGGCUGGUGAUCUACAGGAGCCAAAACAGGGCUGAGAGGUUGCUGGAGAGACCUGAUGUGGUAGGACCCUCUCGUGCUCAUGCCAGGAUCCAGGAGAACUCAGCAGAGGUGGACUUGGAGGAGUGGGCUAAGAAGUGCCUUGGGAGGAGAUACCUGAAGAGGUGGCAUCACACAGUGGAACUGCACCGGUGCCAGCACGACAGGAAACUGCUCUGCCUGGCAAGGGGGUGGCACCAGUGGAGGGAAGCCAGCAGGGUGGUGAUGCUGGCUCAGGUGCUGGACCAGCAGCGGCUGAUGGAGAAGGCCUGGAGGGUGUGGAGACAAAGAUACUUGCAAAGCUGUGUGGUGCAGAAUCUUCUGGAGCAGGAAGCCAGGAGCCUCCUGUCUCAGGCCUUUGGGAGGUGGUGGCAGCUCACAGCAUUCCAGUGUAAGGACAAAGGAUCCGGCUGAAUGCAGGGGCCUGCCUGCAGCUGCUGCUCCAUUCAGGACACGUGGAGGACCCAGCUCCUGUCACAACAAAGAGGUGGCCCUGUGCUGCCAAAAAAGAACUCUCUGCUCUUACAAUAAAAGCAGGGCUGCCAGUCAGAAGGAUGACAGCCAAAGAACAACCAGGAUUGUACCUAGUGAAAGGUCCUCUUUAAAGGACUUGUGUCUUACCUCCUU